UUAUGGUAAUUUUAUCGUUUUCGUGUUUUUAUAUGAACAGCAUCGUGAGAUUACUUUGCAAACAAGAGUGUGAAAACUAAAUAAUGUUCGAAUUAUUGGAGUAACAGCAGUGAAAGUGUUAAAACCAUGUUCUGAUCCAGUUUCAUAACAUUUUGUUAACAAAGGUCGCCGGAACAAAGGAACUGUAUUGAAUCUCAUGCCAUUUAUUGAAUAACCAUCAGCAGUAGUAAUACUGAGGAAGUAGCUACCACAUGUUUCGCGAUAAAAUUCAUCACAAAUGAUUCGCUUUUUAACGUUGCACCUAAUUUUCCCCGCAGCGCUUGCACAAAUUGAUAAGAGACCUGUAGUCCACUUACCAAAAGACCUUGGUGAUCUCAUGGCUAAAACAACUUACGAUUGUAUGUUAAUAUUCCGAACCCCAAGUAGCGCUAUCAAACACUUGUAUGAGCUCAAGUUCCCGGAUGACGAAGUGACCAAACAGUUUCUGUUUUGCGUUUGUUACACGACGUACCUGGCAGACGAGAACGGUCACUUAACCGAAACAAUGCUGAGACUUUUUGAUGACAGCGACUACGAGGAGGACGUUAAAAAGGUUUUUGAAUCAUGUAAUAAAAUUAAAAGAAGGAAAUCCAUUCGGACGCUGUAUGACGUGGUCAAAUGCUUUCAUGAAAAUUCACCAGUUAUAUUAGGCCCACCAUUAAUACGAUAUUAA